UGGCGAAAAUAAGCAAUCAGACCUAAGCAAUAACUAACACCCAGCGAUGACGUAAAGCGAGAGUGAGAGGGAACCAUAGGUGACACAUUGGCUGUCGAUAAACGAAAAUUUCCCGACGUUCUUCCCCAAUGUCUAGAAAAAGGCCUAGUUUGGGUGCGGAAAGCAUUUCCGUGCCUUGCGAACAACGCAACGCAUCGCUGGUCGAAGUGUCACACUUUCAGCCGGCAGUACUGCAAAAAUUGCCACAAGUGAUCUCCAGAGGCGGAGGAAAAGGUUCUCUUCGAAAUGGCCACCAGGAAAAAAGCUCUCUUAAAGGUGAUCGUCCUCGGAGAUAGCAGCGUCGGCAAGACGUCCCUUAUGAAUCAGUACGUGAACAAACGUUUCUCGAACCAGUACAAGGCGACGAUCGGUGCGGACUUUCUCACGAAGGAAGUGGUGAUCGACGAGCGCGUCGUAACCAUGCAGAUUUGGGAUACUGCCGGGCAGGAGCGUUUCCAGUCGCUGGGUGUGGCCUUCUACCGUGGCGCAGACUGCUGCGUGCUGGUGUAUGACACGACCGCUCCGAAUACGUUCAAAAAUCUGGAAUCAUGGCGAGAUGAGUUCUUAAUACAGGCGAGUCCCCGCGACCCGGACCACUUCCCGUUCGUAGUCCUUGGUAACAAGAUAGAUCUGGAAAAUCGCGCUGUGUCCACAAAGCGCGCCCAGCAGUGGUGUCAGGCGAAGAACGAUAUUCCAUACUUUGAAACAUCGGCCAAGGAAGGCAUCAAUGUGGAUCUAGCGUUUCAAACCAUCGCCAAAAAUGCAAUAGCCCAAGAAAGCGAGGUUGAUCUGUACAACGACUUCCCCGAUCAGAUCAAACUGAACACUCGCGACAACCGGCCACGAAACGGAGACAACUGUUCGUGCUAAUAUUAUCGAAUUAGUAAAAUUGACCGUCACCCUCCAAAUACACCAGACAGCGCCAGUGUCAACACUGGUGUCCGCAACAGCGAUAAUAGCGUCAACACUAGUAGCUACUGCAACCGCUGUCUUACCAGCGGCGAUGCUGACCGUGCUACAAAAGACGAAAUCCUUCCCAGCAGAAAAGGACGACUAAUUUCCAGAACCUAGUUUGCUACACUCUAAUCCGAUGUACGAUUAGCGUGUUGCCGGCGGAAACAUGAGUAGCAGCUGUACAAGUGAUCAUACCGAUUGUGACCGUGCUUUUUCCCUUUCCGCAUACUGACGGCGUGCGGUCAAGGAGUCUUUUUCGGCGUUUUUUGCAUUAUCCUAUCCGCUGCAUCCGUGUUACACGGUGCAUCAGGCGUUAGACUGUUCAAACAAACUCGAUGAUGAUCAGAAAUUGGGCCGUUUUGUUUGCGUGUUGCCUUUAUUUGAUACAAACAUAAACUGCUUCCUGAAUCAUCAUUUACAAAAGAAAUGUUUAAAUGCUUAUUAGAGCACAGCCAUCGUUCGCAAAGGUUCGCUUGUUGUGCUUAUAACGGUCGCUUCCACCAGACAGCCAUUAUGAGAUAAUGCAAACACACCUAAAGGAUUGAGCACCUUUCGACGAAUGAAAAAGGGUAAACUUUAGUUCGUUGCACUGUUCGAUUGCACGCCGGCAGCUACUGCCCACAAUUAUUGUCCAAAAACGGCAACGGGCAAGUUGUACAGUGGCGUUGGAAGACGAUAGCCAGUUAUUCUAUCGUACACAAUGUUCUGAGAGAUUCGCAAAUCAAACUAAAAUCACAAAACGGAUGCGCAAUGAACAGUGCGAUACAAAACAGUUGACUUUCACCGAACAAGUUACGCUCGUUGUGCAACACUAAAAUCAUAGCAAAUUAAGUGGAGGCAGGAAGGACUUUAUGACAUCAAUUGAAGUGAACAAACCAUUGGAGGGUGAAGAAGUAAUGUGUAGAAAUAGUAAAGCCGUAAUUGAUAAUUCUAUGGAACAUUAUAUACAUAAACAUUAAAGAAACAAAUAUUAUAUCUCCUAGAGAACCGAAACAAUAUUAGAAAAAUGUUUUUUUCCUGUUUCGUCCUAUGAGUCGAUUCCACGUGCGGUGAAAAAGCCUCCGUUAUCUUAUCGAAAUGUUGGCCACAUGUUUACUAAAACCAAUUCGUUCCAUACUUCUGCGUGCAACCGCGGUUCACAAGCUAAUAUUCUAAGUUCUUAGGAUUUUCUAACAUGUUUUGCAGCAGAAUACAUUCGCAUACGACACUUGGCCGAAUCCCGGGUAUGCGUGCAAUUAAAAAAUCUCAAUCAGAAAAGCAAAAUACCGUAUUUGCACCGUCAUGAUUCCGAAUAUGUAGUGAAAGCAAGGCAAACAGAACUGUCUCAGCGCUCCAGGCAAAACGAAUCUCGGAGGAAGCUUCGUUUUGGCGACGUUCACAGGCACAGACAAACAUUCGUAAACUUUUUAGCUAUGAAAAACGAAAACGUGAUCGGGUAAGAUGAUGCCGUGUCGGGUACAGAUAAACAAAACAAACAUUGUAAAUGUGGCAGAUUUAACGAUAAAAACAAUAAAUCUUUA